AUGGAAUAUGUCUUAUCUAUAUAUUUUUAUAUAUUAAAGAAAGUUCUGUUAGUUACAUUAUUUAUAACUCAAGAACGGCUGAAGAGAUAUGGGCCACCGCCGCGGCUGGGGCUGAAGGCGGCGAGCCCCGGCGUGGACGAGGACUGCAACAGCAACACAAGCCUGGCUGGCAGCACUCACUCAGCACACGAUGAUCUCGACGCACACUGCGAUAACUCCGGAUACCUGUGGCUCCUUGACUACAAUCCGAUGUUUCGAGACGGUUCCUGUCAUCAUAUAUCAGUGUUGUCCUCUGUAUCCGCCUCCUAUAAGGGGAUAAGCGAUCUAACAUCCCGCUUUGAAUUCGCAUCUCGGUACAAGGACAUCGCUAGAGACCUGGACGCGAAUCUCGCUGAGGCCGACAUGGAGAGCUUCAAGACAGAAGACAUCCACGCCCUCCUAAUGACCGACCUGCCACAUGACGUCAUUGAUGACGUCACACACGACAGUAAUCCUCAGGGCGAGAUGUUUGCGAGUAUAUCGAGCUCACUAUUGGAAAAGUUUCAAUACGACAAUUCUAUGAGCGGAAGUAGUUUGCAGGGCGAAGAGUCUGUCGGUUCCAUCAAUACGAUGUCUAUAUGCAAGUCGGAGCUGUUAUUUUCACCAGUGAAGGAAGGCGCCCAUGGAGUCCACUUCAGCGUGGAUAGUCUAGACUGUGAGCUGCCCACAGAACAAGAUCUCAUACUAACAUGCCAGGCUAAUAAAGAUAACUAUACCAUCGCCUUCGAGGGCAGUCUCACCAUUUACUCUGAGGACAGUGAGUGUGCUGAACCCGCCGUCAAUCAAAAACAUGACAAACUGGUUAAGGAGGAUUUAGUUAUAGGUUUAAAUAGUGAUGAAAGAACGCGCAGGAAUUUAGAAUUAUUAGAAAGAUGUAAAAAUUUAACCAAUAAGCUAUCAACAUCUAUGGCUAGAAGCGAUUUAGGAUUAACUACGUGGAGUAAGCUUAAGAAACAAACCAAUCAGUCGCCUUUACAGAGACAUCCAUCGGGAAACAAUAACGAAGACUCACACGACUCCACCCAAGCCACUAAUGAAAUGAAUAAUUCGGUUAUAAAAAGUCAAAGCUUACCAAACUUGUAUAGAAGAAAACUGAUGAGUAGUUCUAUUAAUUCCGCAGCAUUAAGCAAUUCAACCGUCGACUCCUUCUCAGCCAACCAGAGGUUAAUUGGAACUUCGACAUGUAUGAAAGUGUAUGACGUCUCACAAAAUCGUCAAUCACAUACAAGUCAACAUUCAGAACCCAUGAGUACAUCGUCUACUGACAACCAGACUUCAACGGAUAAGAGUCAAACCAAACAACAGUCUUUUAACUUGGUUAAACUAUUUAUGAAACAAAAGAGCAUCAGUAACGAUGGUAUCGUUGGCAUGGAUCAAAUGGAUAGGUCAGAGUGUUGGCCCUCUAGCUCGGGAGGGGAAAGCGGAGAAUCUAUGGGGGAACAGAGACUCUUAAAGACAACGAUCUCAGAAAGACCCCAAGUAGAACUACCCCCUGAAGCCCUUGAAGAUGAUACAGCAUCAGUUGUAUACGAUGAAAUUAGACCAGCGAAUCCAUUUAAUAGAGUGUACGACGAAGUACUUAUUGAAGAAGAAGAGAAUGAUGGUUCUAAGUCGAGUGAUAAUGAAGCAAAUCUUUACGCUGUAGUCAAUAAACCACUCAGGAAGAGAACUAAUUUAAACGUUAUGAAUAGUCCGAAACACAGACCGGGAAGAAAGUCGUGUUCCUCUCAAUCAUCAGCUACAAGUGUUAGUUUAUCAAGUUGCUCUGAGUCAGAUGGAACACAGAUAACGAAAAUGAACAAAAUAAAAGAAAAGGAGUCCUUUGACACCAAGGCAACAUCUACACAUCUAGAGACUGAAACCAUAGAUAAAGGCAUGCAGACGUCUAGCAUGCAAGUUUCAACUGCCUCUCAUGAUCGGGAAAUAUUUAAAGUGGUCGAGGCUUCAUUCUUAGAAAAAUUAAAGGAGGGUGAUUGUGAGAAACCAGUCUUUGUAUUAUAUCCUAAUUACACCCUGCCUGAUAUCAGCUUUCUAAAUGGAAGACCAAAUAUAUACUUAAAUCCCGUUAAAGUCAAUGUUUUGCCGAAAUCGGAUAAGAAGGGCAGAAUGCAAGCCAAAGGUAAACGCCCCUUUUCAUGCAACGAUGUGGAAAUGCUUAAGAAAAAAGGUUUGGGACACAUAAGAGACUGGGAUUCUCUAAACUUCCUUUUACCGAUGGAAUGUAGACAGCUGCUUUCAGAAGUUCCAGAAUUAAUGCAACAUAUGAAAGAUAAAGAAACUGUAACAAAAUGUGAUAGAUUUUGUAAUGCAUCGCUCGCUAAGCAAAAGAAUCGACCCACGAGUUGUGAUUGCAACAAUCUGACUGGCAAUACAGCUGUCUCAUCCAGUUCAAGUACCGCGACCCAACCGUCAUCUGGAUAUAGAGGAUCUUCAACCAUAUUAACCGAUUCAUCGGCUCAAAACAGCCCAGCGCCCACUGGAAACUUCAAUCCACUGUUCGUGUAUCGAUACGACAGUGCUACGAGCUCGGAAGCUAGCUGUGCAAACAACGAAGGCCAAAGAAUGAACAAGAGACAGUUGUCGCUAGCAGACCAAACUAGAAUAUUGAAACAAGGAGAACUCGUUCCCCCCAGGCCGCCUCUACCAAAAAGUAUUUUACGUAAAUCCAUGGAUAAAACUCGCAAAACCAGUGCCCACACGAAACGUUACAGUAUGUUCGAAUUAGACGAAUUCAUUCAAGACCCAGUGGUGUGCGCACAAGCAGGUCUGGAACAGAAAAGUAAAAGAAGAUCACUCCAAGAACCAUAUUAUCUUCAAAAUCAACCUACUCUAGACUACAGAAAGAACAACGACUUAGCUGCUAAGAGAUUGUCACAACAAUUUUUGGACGCGGCAGACAAAGAUGCCGAUUAUAACGAGUACUACCAAGAUGAAGGGGUCGGAACUGAAAGCAGUUUGGAAUCAGGAAAAUCCAAUGAACUCAAGUUCCAUCGCCCUCAUACGCCGCCAAUGCCUAAACCUAGAACAAAGAAAAUCGAAUACAUAGAUUUCCCUCCGCCCGGAGCACUCAUCAGCAGUGCGGAUCUACAGCAGUUGGAAGAAUUUCUGAAAUUAAGUGGCAUUAACUGUCAAAACAUGGACGAGUGGGACCAAAAUCAAGUUCAAAAGGUAAGAAGUCAGGUUACCAAGUUCCUACAAAUGAAACGUUCCCAGGAGGAGAAUCAAAGGUCCACAGACUCCAGUACGAGUAGCUGUAACAGCAAGAAGUCUGUUAGCUUCGCUCAGAAGCAGGACGGUAAAGAGACUCAGACACAAACAAAGGCUGUUGAGGAACUUAAGGUAGCGACACUAGCCACGCCUCCCAACUCACCAAACGUAUCAGCUAUGGUAGCACAAAGGCACUAUCAGGGCAAAAACUUGGCUGAAAUACCUAUCUGCGAAGAAGGAGAGGUUAGUCCCGAUGAAUUCCUGAGUCCAACUCACCACGAGACUCGUCCAAAGUAUGACAUCAUCGACGUAUCACAGAAACGAGCUUUAGUGUCAAAUGUAACUGAUGCCGUUGAGAUGUUGAUCCAGCACUUCUCAUCAGCGAUGGACCAACAGGAGUUAGCGUAUUUAGGAGAUUCAAAACAGUCUCCCGCGUGUGCUAAAAUAGCAUUAAACGCGUUGUGCCCAGCCCUAUACGCUAUAUUCCGAGACGGUCUUAAAGAAAAUAUCGAGACCUCGUUUGGCGCGGUUAAUAACUCCGUUUGGCAAAUGGUUGAAGCUACUGCGAGGCAAGGACCCAUAACGAAAUCAUUAAAUGAACUGGUUUUAAGAAUAAACAGCGAAGAUGCAGUUACCGAGGGUCUUGUUAAGUUCAACGCCUUUAUACUAGGAUUAUUAAAUGCACAGUCAGUCGACGCUUGGGUAUCGUACGUCCGAACAAGAGAAUCAAUUUUGGCAAAACACUACGAUCAAGAUUCUCUAGUACUAGCGGGUUGUGUUGGAGAGCCGCGCUGUAGGGCCUUACUGGAUACACUACUGGCAAGUCUCGAGCCGCUGAAACUGUUGCCCUUCUCUCUAGACCUAAUGUUCGAGAUGAGGGAACUUCAUAGGAGCUUCAAAAAGAUAGAAAGCGACAUGCGAGCAGCCAGUCGGCCGACCUCGUUUAACACACCGCAACUAACAAUCAAUCAGAGAAAUCUGCUCAAGUUAGUGAGAUCGAUGCAAUCCAGUGUCGUGUCGAGUGACGACUGUCAGGCUAGCGUCAUCAUGAGGCAGAAGGAACCCAGGAACAAAGAGCCUUCCACUCCGGACUUACUGAAUGAUUCAGCUAAUGUUAAGACUACCCUCGAUAAGAAUAGACCGAGAUCGUGCGUCAAUCCUACGCCUAUAGGAUACGAUAUGUGUCCGAACAACAGUAGGAUAGAUUUGGAGAACAACAGACGAUGGUCCGGAGUUCAAUUAGGAUCCAAACUGAUGCAGGCCUUCGAUAGACUUGUAUUCGACGACAGCGAUGAUUACACUGACAGUCUAGAACAUAAGACCUCCGCUAAAACUAACGACGCCAAGUUGGAUACGAGCGGGGAGGAACAAUGGCGGCCACCGUCAGCCAGCAGCAGCGCCAGUGGUCAAGGCUCCGGCGGCAAGUUCCGGAGACUACAGCUCAAGUGGGAAAUGCUCAGUAACGCUGAAAGCCCCGGGACGCCAUCUGGUGAAACUUCCCCCGCGGCUGCUCGGGGCUCCAAAAUACCCCGACCAGUUUCAUCACCGGUCAGACCCCAAGCUCCCCCAAUACAAUCGCCAGCCAAAAACACGCAACACAGAGGUAUCCCAGUAGCUGUACGUAAAGGUUCUUCCCCGACGACAGCAGCGCCUCGAGCGGCCAACACAAGAAACAAAAAACCACCUCAGCCAGCCAACCGGGUUAUGCCCGAGAAGGCGGCAGGAAGACCGGAAAUAAGAAAAAAUGUAGCUGUUAAAAACACUAUCGGUGCUAAGAACACGCUCGCGUCCCGUGUUGACGGCAUUACUACGGCGAGUCCCCGGCCGUCGUCUCUGCCGUAUGGACGAGCCGCCCCCCCUCCCGCACCGCGCCGCGCCGCCUCCUCCUCCGCCACGCGAGCGACAAACAUUAAACACAAAUACGUCCGAACUCUAUGGCACAGACUGCCUUCAGACUCGGGACACCUGGCGUUCAACGAGGGUGAGAGGCUGCGGCUUAUACUGGAAGUGGACGGACAGUAUUUAUUGUGUUGUAGAGGAGAACAGAAGGGACUCGUGCCGCGGGACGCUGUGCUCGACGACUUCUGA